AUGAAAAAUUCAGGGGGGAAUAAUCUCUCUGACACUGUGAGUGAAUUCAUUCUCCUUGGAUUCCCUUGUACCUGGGAGAUUCAGAUCUUCCUCUUCUCACUCUUCUCUGGGACCUAUGCGCUGACACUCAUUGGAAACCUGUGUGUUAUCUGUGCUGUGAGGUGGAACCACCAUCUCCACACCCCCAUGUACAUCCUGCUGGCCAAUUUUUCCUUCUUGGAGAUCUGGUAUGUCACCUCCACUGUCCCCAACAUGCUAGCCAACUUUCUCUCUGAGACCAAUGCCAUCUCCUUUUCUGGAUGCUUCCUCCAGUUCUACUUCUUCUUCUCCAUGGGCACCACUGAAUCCUUCUUCUUGUCUGCCAUGGCCUUUGACAGAUAUCUAGCGAUCUGCAGGCCCCUGCACUACCCCACCAUCAUGACAGCUCAACUCUGCAUCAGAAUGGGAGCCUGCUGCUGGGUGUGUGGCUUCUCCUGUUUCCUCCUCCCAGUUUACCUUGUCUCCCAGCUUCCUUUUUGUGGCCCCAAUACUAUUGAUCACUUUCUUUGUGACCCAGGACCCCUUUUGAAGUUGUCCUGUGUGCCAGCUCCAGCCACUGACGUUGUCUGUGCCGUCUUUAACUCAAUCCUUAUUUUCUCCAACUUCCUCUUCAUCACUGGCUCUUACACUCUGGUGAUCAGAGCUGUGCUGAGGAUUCCCUCAGCAGAAGGCCAGCAAAAGGCCUUCUCUACUUGUGGCUCCCAUCUGGCUGUGGUGUCCCUGUUCUAUGGCUCCAUAAUGCUUAUGUACGUGAGCCCAACAUCAGACAAUCCAGCUGGGAUCCAGAAAAUUGUGACUUUAUUUUACUCUGUGUUGACUCCACUUUUCAACCCCUUGAUCUACAGUCUCCGGAAUAAGGAGAUGAAGGAGGCCCUGAAAAAGCUGUUUAGACUUUCCACUUUAGAAAAUUUUAUGUUCCUCAGACUUUUCAUGGCCAAUCUCUUCACUAUUGACCUAAGCCCAUCCUCUCAAACAUAUUCUGAGUCUUCAUACAAGUUGUUACUUUCUCUUUCUCUAGAAUCUUGA